AUGGAGGGGGCGGAGGCGCGGGAGGAAGCCUCGGUGGCCCGGGACCUGCUGGCCCUGGGCUAUGAGGGUUUCCCGGGGGCGGCGUCUCUGGGCCCCUGGUGCCCAGACUUCAGGGAGCUGUGCGCGCGGCUGGCGGCGGAGCUGGCGACUCUGGGCGCCCUGAAGCAGGAGCGAGAGGAGGGCGCGGAGGCGCUGCGCGCCGGCCACUGCCCCGGCGCCGAGGAGGAAUUCCUGCGACAGCUGGCCGGCCUGCUGCGAGAGCUGCACUGCCCCGACCGCGCGCUCCGCGGCGGAGACUGCGCGGCCGCGCUGCGGGAGCCCGGCGCGGGCCUGCGCCUGCUGCGCUUUCUCUGCUCCGAGCUCCAGGCUGCCCGCCUCCUCCGCCUGCACCCCAGGCUGGAUGCUAGGCAUGCGCUGCCUCGUGGGGAGGGAGGUGAAGAGGAAACUGGCAUGGUCCAGGAGCUGCUCCUGACACUCCAGGCCCUGGGGCUACCCAGACCCACGCCGGGGAACCCCGCCAGCGCCAGUGGGCUGCUGCGGGAGUUGCAUGCCAAGAUCUCGCAGCUUCUACCUUCCCUGCCCCCGGAGUCCUUGCAGCCCCUCCUCAGCCACCCGCUGGAUGCACCCAGAUGGGAGGCGUUGCAGUUUCUGUCCCAAAGCCUGCACACUCAGUACCACUGCCGCCGCUGUCUCCUCCUCACCCGCCUGGACCUCACGACAUCUGCUUUCCACUGGAGCGAUCGCUCAGAGGCCCAAGGAGAGGCCAUGAAGGCAGUGCUGACUCCAAUUCGAGAGGCUUUGACCCCAGAAUCAGAGGUCUCCAUCGCACAUGUCCUGGCAGCCCGAGCUGACCUAUCUCGUCUUGUCCCAGCCACCAGCAAGGCUGCCCGUCAAGGGACCUGCUGUGCCAUCAACAAGGUGCUUAUGGGCAGCGUGCCAGACCGGGGGGGCCGCCCCAAUGAGCUGGAAGCGCCCAUGCCCAGUUGGCAGAGCAGAAGAGAGGACGGAGGUGGGCGAAGGGCAGGCCGCCAGUGCUGGGGCCGCAAGAAGAAGAAGAAGAAGUAAAGGACUGGCAGUCUGGGGGCUGGAGGGGCGUCCUCUGUGAAAGGCUGACACCAUUGACAAUCUUUGGGGAGUCAGUUUGAGGGUUUCUCUUGGCACCUGACACCUAGGCCCCACACACCUUGUUCCUGAGGUUGCAACUGUCCUUCCUUCAUCUACCACUGAGCAGCAAGGUUCUCUGAAAAAUAAAUGUAAUAUUUGACAGUAGUAGGACCCAUUUCUGUGGGGGCCAGGUGAAGGGUACUGGGUCUGAGGAGAGCUAGGCGCUCUUUGCUCCUCAGGAACAUGUCUUUGCCUUCCUGAGGGCAUAGGGAGGGAGACACAUAGCAUGGGGCAGACAUCAGUCGGGCACCUGUGCCACCCGUGUUCCAGGUACUGGGGGCACAAUGGGAGGUACAGAUAAUAAAAAGCUCUUUUCUCUUGGAGCUGAUAUUUCUGGUGAGAGGCAGCAGACAUUAAAUGAAAUACAUAGGGUAAAAUGCAGUCUGUCAGAUGUGGGGAAAGGACUUUGGAGAAAAAUCACGCAGGGUGGGGAGGCAGGAUGGGGAUGGGGGGACUGUGACUUUGAGGAUGGUCAGGGGAGGGAAGCCUCACCGAGAAGGUGACACUUGAGCUAAGUCCCAAAGACAGAACCAGGAGGGCCUCUGGGGAGGAGCGUUGCAGGCAGAGGGAACGGCCGGUGCAGAGGCCCUGAGGUAGGAGUGUGUUUGGCAUGUUUGGGGAUCACUGGGGCUGGAGCAGCUGAAGCAGCUGAAGCA